AACGACUGCGGCGACUCGACCUUCAUCAACCAGUCGUCGGGCGGCUCGCCGCUCGUCGCCGACUGCUGGCGCCUGCACGACAACAUCGCCGGCGACGGCACCUGGACCGUCUGGACGUCGCAGCGCACCAUCGCCACCUACGGCACCUGCGCCUUUGGCGUCUCGCCCAGGUACAUCCCCGCCGAGAUCGGCAACGGGGACGUCCGCGACCUCAUCCGCGACUCGAUCGCCCGCUUCCAGUGGUUCGACAAGGUUGGCGCCAAGGGCGUGAUGCAGUGUGAGCGGCCGUUCGGAGACUGGACUGAGGUCGAGUGGGGCAUCUAUCAC